UUUAAGUCCACAACCAGUUGCCAACACUCCAUCUGUAAACUUCAUCACUGGUUGAAAUUUCUUCCUUGUUUUUACACUCUAUAUCAUCCACCCCCCACUCUCCUGCUACGCGCGUCCCUGCUCCACCCUCAGAAAAGACAGCACGUGUCCAAGACAUUAUUGAUACCACUCAAUUUUCUGACACCCAUUGGUCAGUCCAUUACGCCGUGAUGCAGGAAAUCAGGGCUCGUCUUCACCACCAAUAAUUGAUCAUUCUCUUAAUCCCUUCUCUCCUGUAUUGUUGCUGGCGCCCUGUCCUUAUUCCUCUCUAAUCUUCUCUUUCUCCUCCUCCUCCGCCCCCACCUCCUCCCGCCGCCGCCUCCCGACAUCCCCGUCGUUGAACCCACCCAAGAGACUAUAUAAAUUUCCAUGCCGUUGACUCCAAGGAUUUGAAAGAAAAAUGGUUUCUUUGCGCCAUUUUCUGAUCGUUCUUGCCAUUCUCUUCAUCUGUUCAUCGUUACUAUCAGGGGCGAAUUCUGAUGGAGCGUCUGGAUCGUCAAUAUACGAAGUUUUGAAGGUUCACGGGCUGCCAAUGGGAUUGCUCCCCAAGGGGGUCAAGAAUUUCAGCUUGGAUAAUUCUGGGAAAUUCGAGGUUCACUUAGAUCAGGCUUGCAAUGCCAAGUUCGAGAACGAGCUUCACUACGACAGGAAUGUCUCGGGCACCAUUAGUUACGGGAAGAUCGACGGGCUGUCGGGGAUUUCGGCGCAGGAUUUGUUUUUGUGGUUUCCGGUGAUUGAAAUCCGGGUCGAUAUUCCCAGCAGCGGAUUGAUUUACUUUAAUGUGGGCGUUGUCUCGAAGCAGUUUUCUUUGUCUUCGUUUGAAACCCCGAGAGAUUGUUUGGCUGUUCCGGGUCCGGAUCUUCAGUAUGGAAGGCAAAUAGUGGAGACUGUUAACAAGGUUCGAUCAGGGAAGCUCCGGUAUGAACUUGAUCAGGAUACUGCUCUGAGGACGGCAUUGUAGCUUUUUCAGGCGGCAGUGAUGCACAUUAGCUCAAUCAACGCUAUGAAUUUCUGAUUCUUGUAUGUACAGAUCUGCAGAGAGUCUGCUGCAGACACCAUAUUUUGUUGUUCUAGUGUGCGUGCUUGCAGUUGCGUCUGUAGUGCCGAGUCCACAAAGUAGUCGUUCCGGAUUCUCUCCAUGAUCGAAUGAGCAUGAGUUCAAGUGGGAGGUGUUGAAAGACUGGUGGGAAAGAUAAAGAAGUCGUCCCGAUCUUGAAGACAGGAAACCACCGUAUUGGAGCAGGUGAUAAGGUUGCGUAAGUUUGCUACGUCGAGAUUAUGAUUAUGAAUGUGGACAUAAACACAAUUGUUGAAUUGAUUCUCUUUUUGUAGUAUAAAAUGUUAGACGACGAUGAGUUACACAUACUUAUAUUAUGGACGAAAAUAAGGAAUAAAAGUGUUCUUUUUCCUUUUCU